AAAUGUUAGUGUAAGAUGUGUGAACGUACACACGCGUUUAGAACGUUCCUGUUCAUCAGCUUCUCCGCGGCUGCACGGCCCCGGAGCCUCUCCAGGCUGCCAAACUCACGGCGGGAGCCUGCGAGGGGAGGGGACGGGAGGAGCGGGGACUGUGCAGGAGGGAGGCGGAGGGCCUCGGCCGUGCCUGGCACCUGCGCGGCGGGCGGGGCAGGGCCUGGGGCGGCACUGAGAGCGGGGUGCGUCCCGCUCCGACCCCUCCCGUCCGUCAGCAGCAGUCCGAACUCCGGCGCGGAAGCGGCGGCGCAACAGGUCUCCGUGCGGCUCGGCCCCGGCCCCGUGCCGCCACCGCCCGCACCCAUGGCCGGCCGCGGCCCCGGCGGAGAGCAGGGCUACAUCCGCACCGUGCUGGGCCAGCAGAUCCUGGGCGAGCUGGACAGCUCCAGCCUGGCGCUGCCCUCCGAGGCCGGCCUCAAGCUGUCGGGCGGGGAGGAGAAGGCGCUUCGGAUCCACCGGCAGGUCCAGCAGACGCUGGCCAGGAAGAGCCGAGGCUCGCUGUACAACGGCAGUUUACAUCGUGCUUCCAGUGUCCCAGAACGUGUCUAUAACAUGGGGAUUGUUGAAAAUGAUUUUUCACCAAGAUCUCAGUAUGGUUUCUCAUAUUAUCAGCCAAACCAGGUUGCAUCACCAUCCUCUUAUACAAAUGGCUGGGGGACAAGAAUUGCUUACAAGGCAGUGGAAGGGAGAGCUCAAAGACAACCUCUGAAGAGAUUAGAAGUUUCACCCCAGAGAGGUCCUGAAAGAUUGGCAUAUGUGUCCAAUGAUUUUCACUAUGACAGAGGGUUUUCAACUGGAUUCUCCCCAAGGCAUGGAGAUUAUAGGAGAUCCAACGGGACUGUCCCACCAAGAUAUGCUCGGUCUGAGAUUGUUGGUUACACUCUUCGUGAUACAAUGAGCAGAGGACGCUCUUUUAAAAGGCACUCUCAGCUGGGGGCUAUUAAUGGCACCAUCCCUGAUGGUGCCCCUCUUAGCCCCCCUGUAUCUCUGUACCAUCAAGUAGGCAACAGUCGCAGUAUGACCAACCUGUUAGAGAAGGAAAACUACCUGACUUCAGGCAGUGCGAUGGGACAAGUGAGAUCACCAACUGCUUCCCAUUUUGGAUCUCAGAACAGGCAAUCUUUAAGGUCCAGCUGGCACCAAAAUACCUUCAGAAGCACACAGACCAGGAGGGAAGCUUCCCAACCAGCUUCAGUAACCAGUUUUGCUGCAGAACCAGAUGGGAAGAGGAUGACAAUGACAGCUGCUAUGGCAGCAGCAGCAGGGAGAAAUGGUUUCCUGCAGAGUGAACAAGCCACCAUCAAUGGAUCUCAGCUGGGGAGCCCAGAAGUGGAGAUGACUCUAGAGCGUGCAGUGAGCAUACUGAAGAGUGAAAAUACACAGUCAGCACCUCGGAUACUUACUGCAGUGACUUUCAUACAGCACGAAUGCUUCCAGAAAGCAGAAGCCAGAAGAAGAGUUUUCUCACUUGGUGGUAUCCCCAGACUUAUACAGCUUCUUGAGGUUCAGAAUGAGGAUAUUCAGCGAGCAGUGUGUGGUGCUUUGAGAAACUUGGUGUUUGAAGACAAUGACAACAAACUGGAAGUUUCCGAGCAGAAAGGGAUUCCUGUCUUGCUCCGUUUACUCCGACACACCAAGGAUGUAGAAACUAAAAAGCAAAUAACAGGUUUGUUGUGGAACUUGUCUUCCAAUGACCAGCUGAAGCACCUGUUGGUUAAUGAAGCCCUACAUACCCUGACAGAAGCUGUUCUCAUCCCUUGCUCUGGCUGGCCAGAUCGAGAUUACCCCAAGUCAAGUGUUGUACCUGACCCCGAUAUCUUCUAUAAUGCCACAGGAUGCCUAAGAAACAUGAGCUCUGCUGGCCCAGAAGGAAGGAAAAAGAUGAGAGAGUGUGACGGUUUGAUUGAUUCUCUUGUGUAUUAUAUUCAAGGAGCUAUUGCAGACCACGAGCCUAAUGACAAGGCCACAGAAAAUUGUGUGUGCAUCCUGCACAAUCUUUCCUACCAACUAGAGAUAGAACUUCCUGAAAGCUAUGCCCAGAGCAUCUAUGUACAAAGAAGAAAUAUUUCUACCAAUGACAGAACACCAGGCUGUUUUGGAACACGAAGCAGAAAAGUGAAAGAGAAGCAGCAGGAAACCCCACUACCUGAGGAAAAGAGCAAUCCCAGAGGUGUGGAAUCACUCUGGCAUUCCACACUGAUUAGGAUAUAUCUCUCCUUGAUAGCAAAGAGUACCAGAAACUAUACCCAGGAAGCAUCCCUGGGAGCUCUUCAGAACCUCACAGCCGGCACUGGACCAAUGCCGUUUGCAGUGGCCCAGACUGUUGUUCGGAAGGCAAAUGGCCUUCCAAGUAUUCGAAAUAUGCUGCAUGUAAGCCACCCAGCAGUAAAGAAGACAGCAGUCUCACUGCUCAGGAACUUAUCUCGCAACACCUCUCUGCAAAACGAUAUAGCUAGAGAAGUUUUGCCUGAUUUGGUCUCAGUACUUCCUGACUACGUCCCAGGGUCUGAUAUUGCCUGUGAAACCACAGCUUCAGCCUGCUACACCUUAUACAAUUUGACACAGAGCAGUUCUCACAAUGCACGGCUUCUCCUAAAUUCUGGUGGCCUGCCAAAGAUCAUUGCCAUCAGCAUGAAUGACAGUAACAUGUUCAGCAAAGCUAGUAAGGCUGCUUCAGUCCUCCUCUACUCCUUGUGGGCACAUACUGACCUCCACAAUGCUUACAAAAAGGCUGAUUUUAAGAAGACAGAUUUCGUCAAUACCCGAACCACAAAGGCCUAUAACUCACUAAAAGAUUGAAUCAGAUCACAACAUCACAGAAGACAUAUAUUGAUUAGUGUAACUGUCCUCAUGCGGCUGGUAUUCCUGUGAACCAGGAAGUAUUUCAGAAGAAAGAGGCUGAUUUAUAGACUUGAACGACCUGUGAUAGCUGUCCUGUUUCUAAUUUUCAUCACGUUGUUGUCACUGUAGAUCAGAAUAUGAAUAACCAAAAGUGGGUUCAUCAGGACAUUUGAGGUGAAGUUUCAUCUAGGUUCAUUCAACUCAGAGUUUCAGAUGACCGCCUUUAGUCUACCAGACAUUUAUGCACAGAGGUUUAAAAUGCUGAUUGGCAGCAAAUACUUUUCAGAAUGUUUUAUACAGAUGAUAGUUUUCUACAGAGGGUAAGCAUCAAUUGCACUGUUCAGGACACACAGUCAUUUUUCACCCCUUUGUUUCUUCACAUAUGCUAAACAAGAAUCUCCAGACUCUGUGAGUGUGCACAAGAAGCUAUUUCACUACCUGCAUUAUAAAAGCACUAAGGAAGUUAAAAUGAGUAUUUUUCUAUUACUUGUAUUCAUGUGCUCACUGGUUCUUAAGCCUCUUUCUCUCAAGAUUUUAUCAACAGCAAUAAAAUCGAUUUUACAUAGAUCUGGUUACACCUGGCUCUCAUCAUGCUCCUUCAUGUGGCUGUUGGAAUUGAUAACUGUGUCCAGAAGGGGUUUUAUCUAGACACAAUAUGUCAGAUGCUUUGGGCUGAUCCAUCAUUCUUUUUUAAUUGCUGGUGAUUCAGUGAUUAUUUUAAGAAAAUCACAUUUUCAAAACAAUUCUGUUGAUUAAAUGUAGUAAAAGGAGUGGAGUCUUGUCUUUAUUUUUGAAGAGAAAGAUACAUGAGGAUAGGAACACUGCUGCUUAAGGGACACAUCUGAUCUUGCUUCAUAUUCUCUUAGUUCAUCAUCAUCCUCCCUACAGCAAAUAUCUGCAUUGUGGUAAUAGAAGGACUAUGCCUGCACAUGUGGGAAUAGGUAACAGGAGACAAAUUCCUACGCACCCGAAGUCUGUUCCUCUAGUGUGAUCCUAGGAGAAGAAAAAGAAGUGUUAAAAACUCCCAGGUGAUGUCUUUUCUAGACAGUAGUUAACAAACCAGCUGAUAGAUUGUCCAUAAAACCAUUUGGAAAUAAAUACAUAAAUACAUAAA